AUGACUGUCGUCGAUCUGUUUAAAAAGUGUCAAACAUUCUUUCUUGUCCAAGGAUUAUUGGGUUAUGUUUUUAUAAUCAGUGGUUUAAUUGUUAAUUUUCUACAAUUAUGUUCAUUAGUUGUUUGGCCAUUUAGUAGACAAUUAUAUCGAAAAAUUAAUUGUCGAUUAGCCACAUUGAUAUGGUCUCAAUUGACAUUUUUAAAUCAAUGGUGGUCUUACAGUGAUUGUGUAUUAUAUAUUGAUCCAAAGGAUCUUGAAUAUUUAAAACAUGAACAUUCCAUAUGUCUUACGAAUCAUAAAUAUCCAAUUGAUUGGCUAUUAGGAUGGGUGAUAGCACAAAGAAUUGGAUUGCUAGGUGGUUCAAAAAUCGUCGGAAAAAAAUCAUUAAGUCAAUUGCCAAUUGUUGGAUGGACCUGGAUGUUUACUGAAUCUAUAUUUCUAAAAAGAGUAUGGGAAACAGAUAAAAAUAUUCUUUAUGAAGAUGUACAACGAAUACUUGGAGAUUAUCCAAAAGACUAUUAUUUCAACUUUUUGAUGACAUGCGAAGGUACCAGAUUUACUGAAAAAAAACGUGUAGAAAGUAUGAAAGUGGCAAAAGAAAAAGGUCUACCAGAAUUAAAACAUCAUAUUUUACCAAGAACAAAAGGAUUCACAUUAAUUAUGCAAGGUGCAAAAGGAAAAAUCAGUGGUGUAUACAAUUUUACACUGGCAUUUACGCCAGAUAGUGCACCACCAUUGUUAACAACAUUAAUAAAAGGACAAGCAUGUAAAGCUGAAUGUUAUAUCAAGCGAAUACCAGUGACAGAAAUCCCGUAUGAAGAUGAAAAGAAAUGUGCCGAAUGGUUACAUAAACUUUUCCAAGAAAAAGAUCAAAUUUACGAUUAUUUUGAUAAACAUAAAACAUUUGAAGGAUUAGAUUUACCGAAAGUCUAUGUACCACGAAAUUAUAAUGAUUUGAUAAUUGAACUAUUUUGGACAAUUGUUAUUGGUAUUCCGUCCAUAUUUUUAUUGAUUCGAUUUCUUUGGACAAGUUCACUUACUGCACAAAUUAUUUUUCUUGUCAUCGUUAUUGCAUCUAUAAUGGGUGUUCGACGGAUGAUUGAUGUAGCAACAAUCAAAAAAGAACAGUGA